AAGACCAUUCAACACACGAAAAGUAAAACAAACCCCUCUUUCCUUUUCGCUGCGUAUGAAAGCAUUUGGAGGAUAAGUGCUUCUCUUUCUCUCACUACUUUCUCUCUCUAGCUUCAACCAUGAUUGCAGUGUUUUUGUAGCGAAUUUGGUUUUAGGGUUUGUUGCUUUGGGAGCUGAGAGCUUUCAUCUCUGUUUGAUCCGCAAAAAUUUGAGGGUUUUGACUCGAAAUUUAAGUUGGGUUUUUCUCAAACUUGUAUGCUUUUUAUAUCUGACUGAACUCUGAAAAUGGAGAGGGAUUUCUUGGGUUUGAGCUCAAAAGAAUCUGUAAUUACGGUGAAGGAAGAGGUUGUUGAAGGAUGCAUAGACUCAGGUUCAGGGGUCCCAUGGCCCUUGUCAAACAAGGCCUCUGCCCUUCCUCAUUUUAUGUUCUUUAAGACUGCUCAAGAAGACAAGACUGCAAAGAUCUUGUCUAAUCACAUUGCUUCUUCUGGAUUAAUGACAAUAUCAACUGCAGACGCAUUUGACGCCGCGCACAAACGCCCAUCCGGCGAGUUACAGAAAAACUGCAAUCAAGAUAAGCAAGGUGGCACUCAUUUUUCAAUGACAUCUUAUCCCGCGCAACAGAAUGCGCAUUCAUUGCAUCUAUCUCAUGAUGUUAAAGAGCUUCCAGUCUCUGGCCAAACAAUUUCAGUUUCCAUGAACCACCCUUUCUUUAAGACUCAUUUUACUGGUUCUGGUCAGAACUUUUUGGGUGCUACCACAAAGCAACAUUUAUUUGGAGGGAUUCCUGUUACAGCUCCACAUUCAGCUCUUCCUUCUCUUGGUUCUGUUGCGGGGAUCAAUGAACCAAGGUUCAAUUCCAAGGCCUCUGGGGGUGCUCAAUUAACCAUCUUUUAUGCUGGUGCAGUGAAUGUCUAUGAUGAUAUCUCCCCUGAGAAGGCUCAGGCUAUAAUGUUCUUGGCUGGUAAUGGAUCCUCCACUGCUUCUAACAUGAUGCAACCAAGAACUCAAGUUCAUACUCCUACUCCAAAAUUGGCAGCAGGGGACGAUGCUUGUGUGAACCCGAUAAAUACACCACCUUACUCCGGUUUCUCAAGCCCUAUGUCUGUUACUUCACAUCCUAUUGGUCAGUCCGGUAGUGGAUCUACUAACAAUGAUGAAUCUAUGGCAGUUAAGACUACAGGGGUUUUAACCACGCCAGUGAGCAAAGUGGAUCCUCCGAAAAUAGUCACUUCGCUAGGACCCGUUUCUGCAACUACCAUGAUGCCAUCAGCCGUUCCCCAGGCUCGUAAAGCAUCCUUGGCUCGCUUUCUGGAGAAGCGCAAAGAAAGGGCCAUGAACUCAGCACCAUACAACCUCAGCAAGCAGUCUCCUGAAUGCGCUACCACGGGAUCCAAUGGUAUGAGUUUCUCUGCAAGCUCCGGUGCUGGUUCCGGUUCUCUCUCAAACAACAAGGAGAACAGCCAUGAUAUCUGAGGCCCAAAUGGGAACAUGGAAUUAAUGCAAAUUUAUGUAAGCAUAGCUACCAUCUCCAUUGCCAUCACAGGUCUGAACCAUCAUCUCCAUCACUGCUGGUAGAGCUACUAUCUUCAUCGCCACCGAGACGGCCAUAGCCGCCACCACCACAACAACAACAAAAAUCGGCGCCACAACACAGCCACCAUCUCCAUAACUAAUAUUAGGGUCUUAUUUGUUAUUACUUAUAUAAUGUUCGGUAAUUAUGUGUAAUUUCUGAAACUUACUUAUUAAUAUAAAUAGAAUGUGGUGGAAGGAUGAAAUAAUUCUUUCAUUCUCUAUUUCUCUCCA